AUGACGGUCGACACAUUGAACAGCCUUUCAAAGAUGGACGCGAACGGCACCGCAACUGUUCCUUCGACAGCCACGGCCAACUCGGCUAGCUGCGACGAGUCGUCGAAAAAAAGCGGUAGCAGCAACAGCGCCAUCGACACGAUAAUCUCCAGCUUGGCGCUGAAACGUCGUACCUCAGGCGUUUUCGGCUCGAAGCGAUGGUGGAGCCCGAGCUGCUGGGCAUCACGCAGCCAGCAGGAGGCUUACCUGCGCAAGCUCUACUCGAAGAAGUACAGCAACGGGGUGGUCAACCCCGUGGUAUGUACGAAAGACGAGCUGCCAGCCAAGCAACCGACGGCCAAGUCGGUGAGCGUGCAGGUGGACGACAACAGGGAUCCGUGGAAGCCGGGACAGGUUUACGACCUGCCCAGCGACAGCGAGCACUAUCUGGACGCGUUUUUAAGGACGAGGAACCCGGGCUGCCCGGCACUGUCCACGCCCAGGGCCAGCCCGACGGAGAAGUGCGUCGAGUUUCUGAACAGAAACGAGGCGAGAUCGAGGAAGUGUAUCGUCGAUCGCAUGGGGGAUGAGGAUGCCGAGGGACAAAAUACCGAUGAUGGGGGUGGAUCGAGGACUGCAACUGAGAGUGAUCUGGAUGAAGCAGGAUCAAGGAGUACGAUUGACAACAAUGGAAAAGUAUGCAAGAGCUGUCGCUGCCCAAGAGAGGAGCACCAGCGCAGUCCAUCCGAGCCAGGCGUCGGGGUGAGCAGCCCGAGCCUGGUCUCCGGCACCCGCAUGUCCAUGGCGAUGGGCUUCCAGAGCAGUCCAGCCUCGACGACGCCGGGCUCGCCGGCUCCCAGCACGCCCAACUCCACGAUCCAGAACCACCACCAGCAACAACCGCCGCACCAGCCUCAGUCGCAACUGCUAAGGCCUGACAGCUUCGAAAGUCCGCUCCACCAGUUGGGCAGUGUGGGUGUCGGUGGGUUACCGCCCGUGGUCCAGGACGCGCUGGUUCAGCAGCAGCACCACCACCACCAGCGCCACUCGCAAAGCGACGACGACAGUGGCUGCGCCCUCGAGGAGUACACGUGGGUCCCGCCCGGCCUCAGGCCUGAUCAGGUCCACCUGUACUUCAGCGGCCUGCCAGAGGAUAAAAUCCCGUACGUGGGCAGCGUUGGUGAGCGAGAACGGGUGCGUCAGUUGUUGCAGCAACUACCGCCCCACGACAACGAGGCUCGCUACUGCAGCGGCUUAUCCGAGGAGGAGAAGCGCGAGCUCCGCGUCUUUGCUUGUCAGCGAAAGCGCGAGGCCCUCGGCCGGGGUCAGGCUAGUCAGGUCGACCGAGCCCACGGCAGCGGCUGCCGCGAAUGCGGUCGCGCGAUCGGCCCGAACGAGAUCGCGGUGAACGCCAACCGAGCCGGUCCCGCGGCCCUGUGGCACCCGGCGUGCUUCGUCUGCUGCGUGUGCCGGCAAUUGCUCGUCGAUCUGAUUUAUUUCUGGCGGGACGGCAGGCUCUACUGCGGUCGGCACCACGCCGAGACCCUCAAGCCGCGAUGCUGCGCCUGUGACGAGAUCAUACUCGCCGACGAGUGCACCGAGGCUGAGGGCCGCGCCUGGCACAUGAGGCACUUUGCCUGCCUCGAGUGCGACAGACAGCUGGGCGGCCAGAGGUACGUGAUGCGAGAGGGCAGGCCCUACUGCCUGCACUGCUUCGACGCGUCCUUCGCCGAGUAUUGCGACAGCUGCAGCGAGCCAAUUGGCGUGGACCAAGGCCAAAUGUCCCACGAGGGCCAGCACUGGCACGCGACCGAGUGUUGCUUCUGUUGCGUGAAUUGUCGGACGUCGCUCCUGGGACGGCCAUUUCUGCCCCGGCGCGGGGCCAUUUAUUGCAGCAUCGCCUGCAGCAAAGGCGAACCGCCCACGACGCCCAGUGACUCGUCAACCAGCGCUGCCCCGUCGGCACCCUCGUUUCACAGAAUGUCCCGAAGACACGGCACGGCCCGCACCGCGGUGAUGAGCCACGAAAACGGCAGCGGCUCCCCAAGGGCGGACGGCUCGUCGCCCCGCCACGGCUUUGGCUCCCCGCGAAACUCGCCCCGCAGCUCGCGCAGGCACCACCACCAGUACCAGCAGCACCACUCGCCGUACCGACAGUUGCCGCCCCCGCCCGCCCACCAACAGCCGCACUCCGUCUCGUUGCAAGGCACGCCGACGCACUCGCCCUCCCCGGCACCCCCGGCCUCGCUGAACGGCGCCGAGUCGGAAACCGGCAGCGCCGCCCCCAACGGCUCGCGCUCCGGGGCCCUCGACAGGGUCCUCCUCGAACGCAACCUCGAGCGGCUACUCCAGGAGCGCAACGCCCAGCCCGAGGAGUCCACCGGGGAACUCGGCAGGCUGAUGCAGGCGCGCGACCGCGAGCCCCUGCGCUGCAUCCCCGGCUCGGCGAGUCCCUCGCACGCCUCGAGCAUGCCCGAGCUGCCCAACAUCCUUGGCUGCACCAGUGCCACCAGCCAGAGCAGCAGCAGCAACAACAACAACAACAAUGAGGGCGCGGUGGGAGUGACGACGCCGGUGGCGGAGGACGGGUGUUGCGGGGAGAUGGCCUCGGCGUUGCCGGGUUCCCCGCCGUCGUCGAGUUCGGUGUCGCCGUCGACGCCGCCCGAGGACAAGGCCACGCCCCCGCCCCCGCCAGCGCCCGCGGGUCCGCCUCGCCACCAGCAUCACGAGGCUCAGGUGGUGCAGAGCUCGAGGCGCGUCAGGUUCCAGGGGGACGAUUUGGUGGACGAGCCGGGGCCAUCGGGGGGUAGGAGGCACGGGAGGAGGUCGCCGGUGUCGCCGCCUUGUCUGCCCAGGAGGCAUCAGAGCGUGCCGAGGUCGAGGAGCUUGCAGCCCGAGGAGGUGCCCGGCUGCUCGUCUUGGUCAAACGCCUACGCCCGGUCGCGAGCCGACGACGAGGAGAGCUGCUGUUCGACGUGCAGCUCGUCCAGCAGCUCGGACGACGCUGAGGCGUACGCGCUACCGCCGAGGCGGGCCUACGGGGGUGUCCGUCUGGCUUACGUGCCCAACGACGCUGUGGCCUGCGCCCGGAGACGCGCCACCGGUGGCCCAAGCUCCCCCGGGCAGGGCAAGGACGGCGCCACGGGCUCGGACAAAUGCGUCGUGUCCUGA